ACUUCACUCUCUCCAACUACCAUCCUCAACCAACCACAAUUGAACGACAUGUCUGGCAAGGGCAGCGGCAAGUCAAAGUCCGGCAAGGCCUCCGCCGACGCGGCUGGCAAGUCUCAGUCUCGGUCAGCGAAGGCGGGUCUCCAGUUCCCCGUCGGUCGUGUCCACCGUCUCCUCAAGAAGGGCAACUAUGCACAGCGCGUCGGUGCUGGUGCACCUGUCUACCUCGCAGCGGUCCUCGAGUACCUAGCUGCCGAGAUCCUCGAGCUCGCAGGUAACGCGGCUCGCGACAACAAGAAGCAGCGUAUUGUCCCGCGCCACCUGCAGCUCGCCAUCCGGAACGAUGAAGAGCUGAACAAGCUCCUGGGCGACGUCGUCAUCUCGCAGGGCGGUGUCGUGCCGCACAUUAACCCAGAGCUUCUUCCGUCGAAGACGAACAAAGGUCGCAAGAGCGAUGCGUCGCAGGAGGUAUGAUGAUGGUCUUCGCGUCAGGCCCUUGGGGUAUCGUUUAUGUCCGUGCUCCCUUUACGCGCUAUGACUAUGCGUCAGUAGGAGGCAUCGGGGGUUGGCUGGUGGUGUGUACGAUUAUUGUAUACUAGAUUCCCUCUCCCUAUUGGGCCAGGACAGUGUUGUUAUCGAUCAAGUCCACGUCAAGUCA